AUGCGAAAGAUUGGAACAUCAUACCAACAGGGCCCAGUUCCGGCUCCACCUAGAGGUAGAGCCAGACAAAAAGACUAUCUAAGGCUUGCCCAAUGCAACAGAAGAAUAACAGAGCAGCCAAAGAAAGAUAUACUAGUUACGAUACCCGGAAAUGACAAGCCCUUGGCAACUAUCAUAGAAGGCAUAUGGCAUUUUGUUGGAAAAAGCGGUAGAUCAACUCUGGAACUAACCAGAACACAAAAGAGGAGAGUUGAAAGGCAAUACUGCAUUUUCCUCAAGAACAGGGAUGACACACAAGUACUUUCAAAGACCAAUUCUGCAGAAAAAGGGAAAAAUCCAGAAGUAGAUCCUCACGCAGAACAGACAACAUCUCAACCAGAAGAGUUGACAAAGACAGAGUCUCCAACUAAACCUUCUAUCCAUCCUGCCCCAUCCUCAGUCAAUCAGAUAAGACCUUCACAGUCGCAAGGUCAAUCCGGACUUAUUCCAAUAGAAGGACAAGAAGAUUGGACUGAAGAAUAUGAAGAGGAGUAG